CGGAUCCGUUUUAAACAAGGAAGUAAAAUAUUUUAGAUCAAGGCAUAUUUUGGCGUUUUAUGGUUCUUUGUCAUGGCUUUCUCCAGUUCUAAUGACUCAGAUGAUAACUUUGACUAUUUGUUUAAAAUUGUCUUGAUUGGUGAUGCUGGAGUUGGAAAGACCUGUGUGGUACAAAGAUUUAAAUCUGGAACCUAUAUUGAAAGACACGGUAGCACAAUUGGCGUUGACUUCACAAUGAAGACACUCAUGAUUGAUGGCAAGAAAAUUAAGCUUCAAGUGUGGGAUACAGCAGGUCAAGAGAGAUUCCGUACCAUAACACAAAGUUACUACCGUAGUGCCAAUGGCGUUGUUGUUGCGUAUGAUAUCAGUAAAAUGGAGUCAUUUGAUAGUGUAUCACGUUGGUUGGAAGAUGUGAAAAGAUAUGCAGGUCCAAAUGUAGUGCAGUUGCUUAUUGGAACUAAGAGAGAUUUGGAACACAUAAGAGAAGUCCCUCUAAAAACUGCUGAACUAUUUGCCAUCCACCAUGAAAUGCUACCUGUAAUAGAGACAAGUUCCAAGGAUAAUACAAAUAUAGAGCAGGCUUUCAUCAAAAUUGCCACAGAACUUAAAGAGAGGCAUGGAGGUGGCUCAGGGCUAACAGAGGACAAUUCAAAUAAAAUAUAUCUAAAUACACAUUCCAUAGGGCGCAGUUGGGGAGCCUGCUGUGGAAAAUGAGAUCUGAACUGAGUUGAAAUGAGAAAUUUAAGCCCCGUGCAUGGAACAAUGGAAAUCAUGGUGUCAUAAAUAUUUAUUGACAAAUGACCGACUAAUACAUGUAUGUAUGGCAUCUUACAGUUGGUUAGGCCAUGCUCUGUAACACAAAUGUGUGCGAAUAGAGAAUGGUAUCAAAGCAUACAUAAUGCUUGGAUUGUGUUGAAAGCUGUAUGCCAAAACCAGAUUUAAUCAAGGGGUCAAUUUUAAAAUCUGGUGAAUUUUGCCAGAAAAUAACCAUUUUUUGUUGAACGAAAAUUCAGCCAAUUUAAGGAUUUGACUGAGCAUUUUGCUCAAAAUUUGACAUUCUUAUCUUUAAUAUUUGCUGCUAUAUUUUGCUAAUUCUUAUGUAGGAAGGAAGAAGUUGACAAUUUU